GCUCCUGCCGGCCCCAGCCCCUGACCCAGGACGGGCAGCAAUUGGGGGCAGGCUGAGGAAUCACGUCCACGUUUUGCUCCAGAUCGGCCCAGAAGACAAGGCAGGGUAAUGGCUGUGAUGAAGCCAGCUCAGGCAACAAACCCAUCACACAGCAUGUCAGCUGCCAAUGUGGCCAGCAAAAAGCCUCACAAGCAAAACCCCACCGACACCCCAGCUUUCUCUGUGCCAGAAGCAGACUCAGACCUUGCACAGAUGCGGGUGACCUUCGAGGAGGUGGCUGUGUAUUUCACCCAGGGGCAGGGGGCGCUGCUGGGCCCCACUCAGAGAGCCCUCUACAGGGACGUCAUGCAGGAGAACUACGAGAUUCUGGCAUCGCUGGAACUCCCCAUUUCCAAACCUGAGCUGAUUGCCCGGCUGGAACGCAGAGAAGAGCCGUGGGUCCCGGAUCUCCAGGCUGAUGAGGGAGGGGAGAGCCCGAGAGUUACCUGCACAGGUGACAGGACAGGGAGUGAGAACAAGGAGGAAUAUCAGGAGCAGGAAGGUCCUGGGAAAGUGGAGCUGCAGAAGACAUUCCUGAGAAGAGCUGAAGGGAGUUUUCCCCAGGGCUUGGAACAGGGAAGUGCCUGGGGAGAUCGACGCAGGUCAGAGAGGCAGAAGACACCAGAUGAAUUAAUUCCAAGUGGUAGAGGAUUGAAGGAUGCCAAGGAAAGCACAGUCCAGCAGACACGUCCCGAUGAAGAGAAACCCUACACAUGCCUUGACAGUGGAGAAAGUUUCGGGAGGGAGCCAAGUCGUAUUGUA